UAGCUUCGAAGAAAACACGAAGGAAGACAUUUGAGAGAGAGAUGGCAAGGCGCCUUUCCAAGUUACAGUACCGUCCUCUUACUUCCUCGAGCAAGCUUUCGUUUAUCCCCUUCUCCACCACUGUCUCUGCCGAAAACCCGCAAAACUCCACCACCGCCGAUGGCCAAGACCACCUCAUUAACGACCAAAUCCACAACCUUCGUGUCCUCCUUCAACAAGGCCGCAACGAAACUGCUUAUAACUUCACCAAAUCUCUCAUUCUCUCUAACCCAUCUUCAUUUUCCUCACCUUCUCACCUUCUCUCUUUUUUCACUUCUUCUUGUGAUGAUGCUUCUUUAAACCUUACUCUCUCCGAAAUGUUGCUCUCUGUUUGUUCUGAGUCCAAGAUGCACAGUCAAGUUUCAGAACUGUACGAUUUCAUGAGGCAAGAGGGGCGGCUUCCUUCGUUUGGUUAUGUGAGGAUGAUUGUUGAAUCUUUGGUGGAAUCCAAGAAAUUUGAUAACGUUCUUGAUUUGUUUAAGGAGAUGGUGGGCUUGGGUUUUAGACCUGACAAGCUUGUUUAUGGGAGAGCAAUGCUAGCCGCGGUGAAAUUGGGGGAUUUGAAGCUUGCUAUGGAGUUGUUUGAGACUAUGAAAAGGAGGAAAGUUGUUCCUAAUGUGUUUGUUUACAAUGUUUUGAUUGGUGGGUUGUGUAAGGAGAAGAGGAUAAGGGAUGCGGAGAAGCUGUUUGGUGAAAUGUCUGUGAGGAAUUUGGUGCCAAAUAGGGUGACUUUUAAUACGCUUAUUGAUGGAUAUUGUAAGGCAGGGGAGGUGGAUGUGGCGAUUGGCUUGAGAGAAAGGAUGAAAAAGGAGAAGGUGGAGCCGAGUAUUAUUACUUUUAACUCGUUGCUUAGUGGCCUUUGUAAGGCACGGAGAAUCGAGGAGGCGAGGUGUAUGUUGAACGAGAUAAAAUGCAAUGGUUUUGUGCCUGAUGGGUUUACUUACAGCAUAAUUUUUGAUGGACUAUUGAAGUCGGAUGACGGGGCAGGAACUGCUUUGGAUUUGUACCGGGAGGCAAUUGGGAAGGGAGUCAAGAUUGAUAAUUACACUUGUAGUAUUCUGUUGAAUGGAUUGUGUAAAGAAGGGAAAGUUGAAAAGGCAGAGGAGGUGUUGAAGUCCCUCGUGGAACACGGGCUCGUUCCAGGUGAGGUGAUAUAUAACACUAUUGUGAAUGGCUAUUGCCAAAUAGGCGACAUGGAUAGAGCCAUUUUGACUAUUGAGCAAAUGGAAAGUCGUGGGUUGAGACCAAAUUGUAUUGCUUUUAAUUCUGUGAUUGAUAAGUUUUGUGAAAUGCAGAUGAUAGAUAAGGCUGAGGAAUGGGUGAAGAAGAUGGUGGGGAAGGGAAUAGCCCCAAGCGUGGAGACAUAUAAUAUCCUUAUUGAUGGCUAUGGAAGGCUGUGUGUUUUUUCUAGGUGCUUCCAGAUUCUUGAAGAAAUGGAGGAAAAUGGGGAAAAGCCGAAUGUUAUAAGCUACGGCUCUCUCAUAAAUUGUUUAUGCAAGGAUGGGAAAAUUCUUGAGGCAGAAAUGGUCCUCAGGGAUAUGGUAGGCAGAGGGGUCUUGCCUAAUGCAAAUAUAUAUAAUAUGCUUAUUGAUGGUAGUUGUACAGUGGGGAAGUUGAGAGAGGCUUUGAGAUUCUUUGAUGAGAUGUCGAAAAAUGGGAUAGGCGCAACGAUUGUAACAUACAAUUCCCUCAUUAAAGGGCUAUGCAAAAUGGGAAAGUUAAAGGAAGCUGAAGAGAUGUUUUGCCUAAUUACUAGUACGGGUCACUGUCCUGAUGUGAUCACAUACAACUCCUUAAUCUCAGGGUACUCAAAUGCUGGAAACUCGCAGAAAUGUCUUGAGCUAUAUGAAACUAUGAAGAAGUUAGGCUUAAAACCUACUAUAAAUACAUUUCAUCCCCUAAUCAGCGGGUGUAGCAAGGAAGGGAUAAAGCUCAAAGAGACACUGUUUAAUGAAAUGUUGCAGAUGAAUUUGUCCCCAGAUCGAGUUGUGUACAAUGCUAUGAUUCACUGUUAUCAAGAGAUUGGGCAUGUUCAAAAGGCAUUUUCUUUGCAAAAAGAGAUGGUAGACAUGGGAAUUCGUCCUGAUAACAAGACCUAUAAUAGUUUGAUUCUGGGCCACUUAAAAGAGGGGAAGUUGUCGGAAACAAAGGAUCUUGUUGAUGACAUGAAGGCUAAAGGAUUAAUCCCUGAAGCUGAUACCUAUAGCUUGCUGAUACAGGGACAUUGUGACCUGAAGGAUUUUAAUGGAGCAUAUGUUUGGUAUAGAGAAAUGCUUGAGAACGGUUUCCUUCCUAAUGUCUGCAUCUGCAAUGAGCUAUCCACUGGCCUUAGAAAGGAAGGGAGGUUGCAAGAGGCCCAGAGCAUCUGCUCUGAAAUGAUUGCUAAUGGAAUGGAUAAUUUGGACACUAAUGAGGACCUCUGUGAUGUUGCCUCUGGU